AUGAGCCGCCCGUCCCCCGCCGGGCCCGGCCCUGGCAAGCCGUGCGGCAAGCAGCCAGCAGCAGCAGCAGCAGCAGCAGCAACAGCAGCAGCAGCAGCAGCAGCAGCAGCAACAGCAGCAGCAGCAGCAGCAGCAGCCCCGUCCCUCGCCGCCGUUCUGCCGGGCACCGGAGGAGUUUCUCCGCCGUCUCCUCCUCUUCCUCCCGCCCAGCAGCAGCAGCAGCAGGAGCUGACCUCGCUCUUCGAGUGCCCCAUCUGCUUCGACUAUUUGCUGCCACCCAUCCUGCAGUGCCCGGCCGGACACCUGGUGUGCAAGCAAUGCCGGCAGCAGCGGAGCGUCUGUCCCACCUGCCAGGGCUCCCUCACCCCCAGCAUCAGGAACCUGGCCAUGGAGAAGGUGGCCUCGGCUAUCCUCUUCCCGUGCAAGUAUGCCACAACAGGCUGCUCCCUGGCACUCCACCACACAGAAAAGCCAAAACAUGAAGCCAUCUGUGAGUACCGUCCCUACUCCUGCCCGUGCCCUGGUUCCUCCUGUGGCUGGGAGGGAUCCUUGGAAGCCGUGAUGUCCCACCUCAUGCAUGCCCACAAAAGCAUUACCACCCUUCAGGGAGAAGACAUCAUUUUCCUUGCCACAGACAUUAACCUGCCAGGGCCAGUGGACUGGGUGAUGAUGCAGUCGUGCUUUGGUCACCACUUCAUGCUGGUGCUGAAGAAGAAGUGUGAAGGUCACCCGCAGUUUUUUGCCACCGUGCUGCUCAUCGGCACCCGAAAGCAGGCGGAGAACUUUCAGUACAGACUGGAGCUGCACAGCAGCUGCCACCGGCUCACCUGGGAGGCGUCGCCCUGCUCCAUCCACGACGGCGUGUCCAUGGCCAUCUACAACAGCAACUGCCUCGUUUUUGAUACAGCCACUGCACACAUCUUUGCUGACAACGGAAACCUCGGCAUCAACGUGACCAUUUCCAUGUGCUGCCCAUGAUGCAUUGCUGGCAACACUCGAGCUGACUGGGUGGACAGCUUCACCAGGGUUUUGGUUUCAAUUCCUGUUUUAUACGCUGUUCAACUAUGUCAUCUUGUAUGCUAAGGUUUCUGACUAGCCUUGUAACUAGACUUGUAACUUUGGGCAGAAGAGGAACAAGAGUGUGCUGUAAGUAACAGGAGCGGGACAAGGUCUUUUAAAAUUCUUGGGUGCCUUAGGAAGAUUAUACACACACAGUUACCUUUUAUAAUUUAAUAAUAUUUUAUGUAAAGAGUGCUUCCAUUAGAUAUGUGGCUUAAGUGGCUCAUGUUUGGAGCACACCUAAAAGCCCUUUCAGCAGCAGUACAGACUCCCUCUGUCACUGGUGAGCUUUAAUAAAAGACUUUACUAUCACACAAGGGUUUGGUUUGGAAAAGACUAUCAUCUGUUCCAAUCCUCCUGCCACUGUCCCAGGCUGCUCCAAGCCCUGU